UGAAGGAGGGGCCUUUGAUCACAGCUACUGCAGGAGCCUGAGGGGGCUUGGCCUGGCAGCCUCUGAAAGCCUUAGGUAGUUAGGAUAACAGGCACCUCCAUUUGGAGCAGCAGAUCCAGGCUCUGUAAGGUGGUCCAAUGGUUUUUAUCCUUUUUCCUGGAAAUUGCCUUUUAAACUAUGGUUUGCUUGUUGGCCUAGGUCCCCCACUGUAGGCUGCGGUAGCCCAGAGUUCUUCCUGCUCUGAGUGUUCUGUGGAGCUGUGAACCCAUCCGCCUGCAUCUCCCUGCUGCCCGGUGGGCCUCGGAGCCAUGGCAACGGAGGAGAAGAAGCCGGAGGCAGAGGCUGCCCGAGCGCAGCCCACCCCCUCGUCGUCGGCCACGCAGAGCAAGCCUACACCUGUGAAACCAAACUAUGCUCUGAAGUUCACCCUGGCCGGCCACACGAAAGCCGUGUCCUCCGUGAAAUUCAGCCCGAACGGGGAGUGGCUGGCGAGUUCGUCUGCAGACAAGCUCAUUAAAAUUUGGGGCGCCUAUGAUGGGAAAUUCGAGAAAACCAUAUCUGGUCACAAGCUGGGAAUAUCCGAUGUGGCCUGGUCCUCAGAUUCUAACCUCCUUGUUUCUGCCUCAGAUGACAAAACCCUAAAGAUAUGGGAUGUGAGCUCGGGAAAGUGUCUGAAAACCCUGAAGGGACACAGUAAUUAUGUCUUUUGCUGUAACUUCAACCCGCAGUCCAACCUCAUUGUCUCAGGCUCCUUUGAUGAGAGCGUGAGGAUAUGGGAUGUGAAGACGGGGAAAUGCCUCAAGACCCUGCCUGCGCACUCGGACCCCGUCUCCGCCGUAAGUCCCACUGACCUGGGAACUCCAGUCUCCAUCGACACCUGCAGUGUGGAUGGUGACCCUGUAGAAUCUCAGUCUGUGGAAGGGCAGUGCCGGAUCUGGGACACCGCCUCUGGCCAGUGCCUGAAGACGCUGAUUGGUGAGCCUCGCUGGCCCUGGGGGGCAGGGCCCUUCUCCAUCCCGGGGAGCGUGUGUGACCCCCUCUUUCUUUCCAGCACCCUGAAACUCUGGGACUACAGCAAAGGGAAGUGCCUGAAGACGUACACCGGGCACAAGAACGAGAAGUACUGCAUAUUUGCCAACUUCUCCGUGACGGGGGGGAAGUGGAUCGUGUCCGGCUCAGAAGACAACCUGGUGUACAUCUGGAACCUGCAGACCAAGGAGAUUGUGCAGAAGCUGCAGGGCCACACAGACGUGGUGAUCUCGACGGCGUGCCAUCCGACGGAGAACAUCAUCGCCUCGGCCGCGCUGGAGAACGACAAGACCAUCAAGCUCUGGAAGAGCGACUGCUAGGCCCGCCCGCGGCCGGGAUGACCCGAUGGGCAGGGCGGAGCCUGGGGUUCCCCUGAUCCAGGCUGGGGGUCGGGGCGGGGCCUGGACCCCUCUGAGGACCAUUAGGCCAAGGGGGAGAGUUCCCACCAGAAAGUUCUAGAGGUGACAUUGCCGAUUCCUCUCACUGGGAAGAGUUCCUAGUCUAUUGUGUUCCGUCAACAAAACUUUUCAUUUUUUAUGACAGAAGGUGAGGUGAAGUUCAGUUUGUCGCGGUGUUUUCCCAGUAAGCGUUCUGUACUGUUUUUGAUGUUUUAUUGCCUGUGCCAGCGCUGUGACCAGUCGCCUCGGCUCUCUGCCCGGCUCUGCAGGUCCUGGCUGGCAGCAGGCACUGCCCGACCCGGUCCCACGCCGCCGGCCCUGCCUGUAGUGGUUCCCCGUGUGGUUGUCUGGAACCCAGACCCUGUGAGGCCAUGUCUGAACCCUCGUGCUCAGGCGAUCGGUGCUGGUGUGUGGUAUGCACACAGCACACCGCGCCGCAGGCAGGAAGCAGGCGGGCCCUGGCAGCGGGCUCCCUGGCAGCUCCUCUCCCUGCUGUUGACAGGUGCACGGACUUGGUCAAGGCCGGGACGGGACCCUGCACUGAACACUGUGCACGCGGUGGGGACGAGCUUUCGGGGAGGGGCUAGUUGAGACGGAGCCCGGCCCUGAAACGUCCUGCUGAACGUUGCAGAUGGCUCUCGGGGUGACUGGGGUGCAGGAGGCCCCGGAACCUCAGUUCCCGGUGCAGGCUCUGCUCCGAGGGACCAGCCGGUGGCUCUCCUCUGUUGUCGGCCUAAGGACCGGCAGGCUUCUUAGGAGUCCUUGGCGGCAGGGAGCAGGGUAGCAUCCGCCUGCCUGGCCCUCCCGGCCGGCCGAGCCUGGGCAGCGGUGGGUGUGAGGGUAGGACUGCAGAGCAGUUUGUGGCAGUGGCUGGCUCCUGGGACCCCUGCAUGUAGCAAGGACCCCCUGGGUUCGAACCCACUCUGCAGCACUGAGACCUUCAGUGGAGGCGUGAGGGAGGUGCGGACCCACCGGGGCUGGGUGAGCAGACAGCUGACCUCCAUCCACAGCCUGGGUCUCAGCCCCUGCUCUCCUGAGCCCGGGCCCUGGUUCUGGGGUUCGGGACGGUGCCAAGUGGUGGACAAAGCUUGUAGGGCCUGGAGUUGAUGGGCUGUGAGGAAGUGGGGGCCACCCUCACAGGCCUCCUGGGAACCCCCUGGUGGCCACUGUGGCACAGGGGGAGUGUGACAGCCCUGAGGCACCUUGGGCGGCUGCCACAGACCGUCCUUGGAAGUAGAUGUGCUCGUGGCUUGUCUGUCUUUGGGACAAACGGCCGCAGGGAGAGGGUGCAUCGCUCGGGCGCCCCGCUCAGAGCGUCCUGAUAGGAGAGCGGAGGCUGCGGGGACUUGGCUGGCGGUUCCCGGGAGAGUUUGUUCCUUGUUUUGUUGGUUCUGGUGUCGGUUUGCCCCCGGGAGGAGGGGUGUGUGCGGAGCACCGUAUCCUGAAUAUAGUGUAUUUUUUCUACAUUGGAAUUCUCUGUUGUAGAUUUAUGUAAAAAUACAUUCACUUUUUGGAAAUAAAGAUUUUCAUGUCUUGUA